UUGCAAAACAUUCCUAACCUUUUAAAUUUGAAUUAAUAAAAAUACUAUCUAUUUUGAUAAGUGUAUGAGAAUAUAAUUACAGGAAAAUGCCACCUAAACAAGUCAAAAAAACGGUAUGGAUGGAAUGUGAAUCAUGUCAAUGUAGCAUACCAUCAAAUGUAAAAAAUGUACAUCUAGAUUUAAAUUGCGCGAAAGAUCAAUUAAAAUGUCCAUUUGUUGAGAAUGGAAAAUUAUUUUCAUGGUUAGAAAGAACCAGUUCACUUCCUGACAAUGCACCUCGAAAUGCAGUACUGUUACAUCCAUCUGCUGGAUCUCUCAUUAAUGCCGUAAUUGGUGGAGCAUUAGAACUAAAAAAGGAAGGUGCACCUACUUUAUUAAGGCGAAUGUGGCCUUCUAAAGCGUCUUCACCUAGUGCAGUCAUACUAAAUGCAGCAGAACUUGCUGGUGGAUGGUGUAGCGAUAAUAAGAAAGUUGUUGUGUCUGUUCUCAAAGAAAACUUAAAAAUUGCUACAAGUAUCAAAGUUAAGAUAAGAAAACAUAAAAUUGACACAGAUAUUACCAAUAUUUUAAAAGUAUUUUUUAGAGACUAUUAUGUAGGUGUUGGUACUAUACUUGUUUUUUAUUAUUUUGGCAAAAAGCUAGAAUUGGAAGUUGUAACUGUUAAAAGUAAGGAUAAAUGUGAAAUGACUUCUUGGUUUGUCCUUUCUGAUGACACCAUUUGGACAAUAGAAAGAGAUUCUGAUAAAAAAGUCAAAAAGAAAAAUCUUGAUAUUGGGGGAUUCAAUGAUAUAAUUGAUGAAUUAAAAAGUUCAAUUGAAAUUUCAUUUUCCACUGAUGGUAUAGCAGCUAGAUUUCAGCCAACUAGAGGAAUUCUUCUCUAUGGGCAUUCUGGUGUUGGAAAAACUGCUGUGUGCAAAUAUUUAAUAGACAACUUGAACUGUAAUCAUUUAGAGAUAAAUGGUCCAUCAAUAUUCAGUAAAUACUUUGGAGAAACCGAGGCCUCUUUAAAGAAAUUGUUCAACAAAGCUACAGAAAAUGAACCUUGUAUAAUUUUGGUUGAUGAGAUAGAGACCAUAUGUCCAAGAAAAUCAUCAGGCAGCACAGAACAAGAAAGAAGAAUAACAUCAGCAUUUGUAGCCCUAUUGGAUGGACUGCAUGAAGAAGAAAAACAAGUAUUUAUUUUAGCUACUACAAGAAAACCAGACUCGAUAGAUCCUAUGCUAAGAAGAUUUGGUAGAUUAGACAAAGAAAUUGAAGUUCCUGUACCAGAUAGAAGUAGAAGAAAAGACAUUUUAUAUGUUUUAUUAAAAAACUUACCAAAUCGGGUAUCUAUGCAAGAUAUUGAAGGUAUAUCGGAUUUAGCUCAUGGUUAUGUUGCUGCUGAUUUGGUGAAUCUUUGUUCACAAAGUACAAUGAAAUGUGUAAAACGGUCAAGUGACGUCAUUGAGAAAGAGGAUUUGAUAUAUGGUUUAACUGUGGUUAGGCCAAGUGCCAUGAGGGAGUUGUUAAUAGAAGUGCCAAAUGUAAGGUGGUCAGAUAUUGGUGGGCUUUCUGAUUUGAAGUUGAAGUUACGACAGGCUGUUGAGUGGCCACUUAAACAUUCAGAUAGUUUUCAACGAUUAGGAAUACGUCCACCAGCUGGUGUUUUACUAUAUGGACCUCCCGGAUGCUCAAAAACAAUGAUAGCCAAAGCACUGGCCACAGAAAGUGGUCUUAAUUUUCUGUCCAUAAAAGGACCUCAAUUGUUUUCAAAAUAUGUUGGGGAAUCAGAACGUGCAAUUAGAGAUUUAUUUACAAAGGCGAGACAAGUUGCUCCCUCAAUAAUAUUUUUCGAUGAAAUGGACGCAAUUGGUGGCGAGAGAGGAGAUGGCGAAGCAGGGGUUCAUGAAAGAGUACUGGCACAACUGUUGACUGAGUUGGAUGGAAUUGUGCCUUUACAAUCAGUCACCAUAGUCGCAGCUACAAAUCGUCCAGAUAAAAUGGACCGAGCCUUAUUACGACCUGGCCGUUUGGACAGAUUAAUUUAUGUGCCACUACCAGAUUUUGAAACAAGAUUGCAAAUAAUAGAACUAAAAUUAGCAAAAAUGAGCACACAACACAUAAACUCCCAUUCUUUGGCAGCAAGUACAGAAGGAUUCUCAGGAGCGGAAUUACAAGCAUUGUGUCAAGAAGCUGCAUUAAAGGCUUUAGAGAUAGAUAUUGACUGUCCAGCUGUCACAAUGGAACAUUUUCAUUAUGCCCUGUUAAAAUUGCAACCAAGAACACCCAAAUCACUUUUGAAAAUUUAUGAUGACUUUGCAUUAUAGUGCCUAUUCUUAUUAGAUUUAUUUACUGCUAGAUAAGAAUAUAGAUAAAUAUUAUAAUCUUGAUAGUUCUAUUUUGCAACAUGUAAAGUUCUAUUAUACAAACGAAUUAAUAUAUUAUAUAUAUACAUAUUUAAACGAUUUAAUUUGUUUCUAAAGUUUAUUUUGAUUAUUAUAUAAUUUACGUCAUACAUAUUACAAAUAACUUAAUUUUUAUAAUUUUACACAAGUAAAUAUUCUAGUUAUAUCUAACAUAUCCAAUCACAUACAUAUUCUUACACCAAUUAAGAUUAAGUAAAGACCUAAUUUUGGCUAAUUGGUAAACUCUUUUUUAAAGUAAUAAAAGUACUGCACAAUAAAACAAAAGAUCAGGUAAGUAAUAAUGAUAGUAUAGUACAAUUGAAUGACUCUAAUUUCAUUUCUGUCUACCCUCAUUUGAAAUGAGUUACCAAAUUAUAUGCAAUGUAUUUAAACACAAGUACAUUUUAUUUCAUAGUUGGUAAUAUUAUUAUUUUUAAUAUUUGUACCUAUUCUUUAUAUUUUCAAUUGACGAUAUUUAUGUGAAUUUUGCCCACCAAGAGUCUGUAACUAUACUAAUGUCUUGUCAUCAAUUAGUUGAAAUAAACCACAAACAUACACAAA